AUGCCAACAAUCAAAAUCACUGAAGAGCAUUUCAGUAUGCUGUUGAGAAGAGCUGAGCUGCACGAUGACGAUGCCCAUGUAACGAUCAAUGCUGCCUACCAUCGCGUUCUGCUGCAAGCGUCCAAAGAAUAUGAAGCACUCAGAAAGGCGUUGACGGUUGCUGGAGUGAGCUCCGAGAAUCUUGAGACCCUCAUCGAGUCGCAGCUCGAUCCAGAUGCCUUUGUCAGUGAAACGACCAGUCCCGCGAAGCCGGGUAGUGAGCUCGUGGUGUCUCCACAGAAGACACGCUGGACCGCCAACGCCCCUGUCUUCGUACCGAAUAUCGGAUCGCCUCUCAACGAUGGCGCCGAUGGAGUCAAACCUAUAUACGGGGGUCCCCUUACUCCGCCAUCCUUCAAAUUCGAGGAGAAGGACCCGCCUUGCGAGUACGAGACUGUCGCGAAUGUCGCCAACGACCGGUAUGAGGAUGAGCCGGAGUACUGCAGCAAUGAUCAUCAAGAUCGAUCCAUCAUGAUUCGUGGCUUGUCCCCAUCCACUACUCUCGCUGAUAUUACCAAAGUGGUGCGUGGAGGUAUUAUCCUCAAUAUGUAUAUUCGAGAGCGAGACCGAACUGCUUUCAUCUCAUUUGUCGAGCCAUUGGCUGCCGAGAAGUUCGUUAUGGACUGCCAGCGUAACGACCUCUACCUCAAGGGCAAACGACUCGACGUGACCUGGGCUGAGCGACAGCACUACAUACCUGGAUACAUUCAACGUCAAGUCUACAACCAGGGUGCCACUCGCAACAUCGUCAUCCGCUUCGCCAAGAAGAAAAUGACUGAACAGGCUAUUCGCGAUGAUUUAGAGCACAUCCACCGCUUGGAGGUGGUGAGCAUCAGCAACACCGAAAAUCAUAUCUUCAUCUCCACCAACGGCAUCCAAUGGGCCAUUACUGCUCGUCACUGCAUGCAGUCUCGCCUCAAAUACAGAGGCACUCGCAUCGAAUUUUUCGAGGAUGAGUGUGAUCAAGUCUUGCAGCCUGUGGAGAGAAAGAUUCACAAGAAGCGUGAAGACAACAAUCAGAGACCUGCCACUGUGUUGAUCACCAACCGCUAUGCCCCGCUAUCCGAUGAAGCCAAUGGAUCUACCGAUGAGCAAGAAAAGGAGAAAGCGACCAAAUGCAGUGUCGCGGCUCGUGGAGUGAAAGAACCGGCCUAG